AUGUGGUUCGAAUGGAUCCAGGAGGAAGCACGUUCAGCUUCUACAAAAGAGGAAAAGAAAAAAGUAAUUCACCAAUAUUCCGAAACUGUCAAAGAAUAUCUAUCAAUUGAACUUUGGAAAGAAUAUAUAAAUUAUGUUAUACAAGAAUACAAAAGUUCUCUAGAGGAAAUGGAUGAAACUGGUGACAAUUCUGGUGAAGUUGUUACAUUAGAUCAGAUCCGUUUAGUAUUUGCAGAAGCAAUUAAAAAAACUGGUAAUGUUGUUCCAGAGAGCCAUAUCGUAUGGGAUGUUUGUAAAGAAUUCGAAGAACAAAUUUUAGAGGCUUCACCUCGUGAUGACGAGCAAAAAAAUAGAGUACAAAAAAUGUAUCUGGACAGGAUCAAGGUUCCUCAUGCAAAAAAAACCUUUUCUGAUUAUUCGUCAUUUGUCACCAAAUAUGACAAUCCAAAUUAUGAAAAACAUAUGGUUGAUGCCAACGCUUCCUUUAGUCAAGCAAAAAGAAAAUAUUAUGAAAGAGAUCAUUAUGAACAAACACUGAUUGCAUCUGGAAAUGGACUGGAUAAAUAUAUGGAAUACAUUGAGUUUGAGAAAAAACAAUCCGCUCCUAACUGGCAGGCUGUUCGCACUUUAUAUGAAAGGGCCAUCGUCUUUCACUAUUUAGAUCCAUCACUCUGGGAAAAUUAUGUUUUCCAAUUAAUUGAUAAAAAAUUUCCAAAUAAUAUGGUUCUUGGCGUUGCUGAACGUAGUGUUCGUAAUUGUCCAUGGUCUGGUGAUCUUUGGGGCCAUUACAUUCGAGUUUUAGAAAAAGAUUAUGAUUCACAUAAUGAAAUAAAAGAUAUAAUUAGCAAGGCCACUUCCAAUGAGAUGCUUAAUAAUAAUGUAGAUGAGCUAGUAAAAGUUCUAUUGGCUUAUUGUGAUUUUGAAAGGAGAAAAAUAAAGCCACCAUUGAAUUCAGAAAAUACAUUGAGUCUUAUAAAUACUAUACAAGAAAGUCUUCAAACAGUCAAACAAUUCUUUCCAAGUGGCGACCCCAAUUAUCGUUUAGAAAGAUAUUUGAUAGAAAUUGAGACAUUGAAUAAAAAUAUUACAAAAGCAAGAGAGGUUUGGGAAAAUCUUAUUAAAACUCAUGGCAAAGGAUCUGAAACGUGGAUACGUUAUAUUGAGUGGGAAAGAUUUAUGGGAAAUCAUGAUGAAAUUCACAAAAAAUUCAAAAGAGCAUCUCAACAAAAUACUGAUUGGCCAGAACGUAUAUUUGAUGCAUGGGAACAAUUUGAGCAUCAGUAUGGAACAUUAGAUAGUUUAGAAAAUGCACUGAUGUUCAUUAGAAAACAAAUGAAAGUUGUUGCACAUAGGCGUGCAAAAAAUGCAACACUGGAGGUUCAAAAUGUUGGUACUGAACAAGCAUUCCAGGUACCAACAACCUUUGAUAAUACACAAGCCGAAGUUUCCCAGUCAUCUAAAGUAUCGCAACCUGAGAUUUCAGAACCAGGUAAUGAUGCAAAAAAAAGGAAGCCCGAAGAGGAUGAGCCCCAGCUAGAAGGCUCACCAGCUUAUAAAAAAAGCAAAGCUCAACAUCCUGAAAAACCAAAGCGUGAUCGUGAGUUUACUACAGUUGUUGCCAGUAACCUUCCAUUAGAUGUUACAGAGGGUCAGUUGAAAAAUCUUUUCAAUGAGUGUGGAAAAAUUGUUGAUAUUCAUAUAAUUGAAGAUAGUGAAAAAGCACAAAAAUCCGCGCAUAUAGAAUUCGCAAAAAGGGAUGAUGUUCCUGCUGCGUUAACAAAAGAUAAGAAGAAGAUCGGAGAUAAUGAAAUUAACGUGUAUAAAAUUACAGAACAUACACUAUUCAUUACAAAUUUCCCAGAGACUGCUAAUCUUGAAGAAAUGUUUGAUAAGUAUGGAAAAAUAAUUAGCAUUCGUUAUCCGAGUAGAAACCUCAGAGCAGGAAGAUUUUGCUAUAUUGAGUACGAAAAUCGGGAAUCAGCUUUAUCCGCUUUAGAAAUGAAUGGUUUUGAGAUCGAAACAGGAAAAAAAUUAAAUGUGGUGAUUUCUAAUCCUUCAUUAAAGAAAACACGUUCUCCACCAAAGCAAAACGAGAUUUAUAUUAGAAAUCUUCCUAGUCAUGUUGAAAGAAGUGAAUUGGAAACACUUUGCAAAACUCAUGGAUCUGUUAUUGAUGUUAGAAUUCCUACAACUAAGGAUAAGAAAUGUAGAGGAAUAGCAUUUGUCGAGUUUGACAACGAGGAGCAUGCAAAAGCCGCACUUGCCCUACAUAAUACGGAAUUUAAAGAGUGUAUAUUAAAUGUGACACUUAGCAAUAGUAAUCGGGGCAAUGGGCAAAAAUCCACAUCCGGUGAGCCUAAUAAUAAAGAAACUAAAGCAAAAAAGAACAAGACGGCAACAGUACGAACGGGAGAUGAUAAAUCGGCUGUCGAUUCUGUAUCAUCUGUCCAGAG